GCGUUCGCCCGAAAGUCCCAAACCUGUUUGGGAAUUGGGACCGGGACACAGCACCACAGGGCAAGCGAAGACAUCCGACCGACCGAAAAGGUAUAAAUGAAAGUGGAGAGGCGAUUUUCACCGUCAGAAUAUCGGCACGCCCUGGGUUGAAGAGACUGUGCUGCUAAAAAAGCAUAAGCGUUUAAGGGUUUUUAUAAGGGAUCCGGAAGUGCCAGCUGGGGGUGUUGUUUUCGGCCAGCCAAACCGAUCAGACAGAGAAAAGAAGGGCAUUGUUAAACGUGUGAUUAUUAAUCAAUCCGCGCAGUGUUUGAGUGAGUGUUUGUGUGUUUUUGAGUGCUUAGAAUAAGUAUUUAAUCCGCCCCUCAAAAUGCAACGUGCGUCAGUGCUCCUAUCCCUGCUGCUGCUGGUAGUGGUGGGUCGUGUUGCGACGGAAGCGGACCCAGAGUCGCAGGGACAAACAGUGAGCGUACCGCCGGCAGCACAGAGUCUCACCGAUCCACUCCCGUUCGAUGAGCCCACGGUGGAACGGUUCUUCACCGCCGUUAAGAGCCAGCUGCGCUGCGGCUAUCCCAUGUUCGGCAUCCCGUCGCUCGUACCGCUCAAGCUAAGCUACACCCUCAAGACGUCGUUUGAUCUGCUUUCGCUUAAAAAAAUCAAUGUGGUAGCGUCCAACUUUACCGUGUACGGGCUGAACGAUUUCACCUGGGACCCGUCCCGGACGCGGUUCACCCGUACGUCCGCCACCGUGCCGCUCUCCUUCCCGAACGUGACCGCGUUCGCGCACACCUCGCUGAACGGUGCGAACGGUACGUCGUACGUCCAGCUGCGCAACGUCACCGUCCGGCUGGAUGCGCAGUACGAGGAAAAGGACGACCUGCUGUACGUGACCGAGCUCGGCGGUUCGAUUCUGCUCGAAGAUGCGAAGGUAAAGAUUGCCUCGCUCUUCCCGAAGAGCGCCAAGCUGAGCAAGAUCUGGAACAAGGCGAUCGGCAAAUCGCUCCCGAUACUGGUGGAGCUGUUCAACGGUGGCAAGCUGAAGAUCGAGUACCUGAGCCGGCUGCUGAGUGGGGCCAAGUUCUACGCGAUGAACACGAUCAACAACGCGCUCAACACGCACGGUCUCAGCUUUGACCGGCUGGUCGAGAGCAUGGCCAAGUUCGCGGACGGUUCGCCCGACUCGCUGCAGUGCGACGGUACGGCCAGCGACACGCUCGUCGGAUGGCUGCGAGCGUAGGACGGGCACAAGUGUGUUCUUGUGUGUGUGUUCUAUGUGUGAGUGUGCGUGUGUGCUCGUUUGCUUUUGCUAAAGGAUAAGAGACUGCCACCCCAAGUGUCCCUCUCAUUGACUCAUUGACAGUGUCGCAUGUUGUGUUUUUGUGGAGAUGGCACACAUGGGAGGAGGUGAUUGUUUUCCCCCAAUAAAGUAUACUGUAAUGCAAUA